GGCGGAUGGGUGGAACGUACCAAGAAGGCUGCUGUGGCAAUGCCAGCUCCCCAGACCAUUAUUGAUGCCAUUUUGAUUUUCUUAUAUUGUAUAUUCUCGAGGUACCCCGGGUUUCAUAUGUCUUAGAUUAUUGCUUUGGCCUGGAUUAAUGGAAGUCGCAAAGUUGUCAUUGAAGCAUUUGAAAAAUGGACAGAGACUGAGCCUUUUCGGCGUGGGAACCGGCACGUCUUAUGAUUGGUCGCCACUUCCGGAUUAAUAGUUCUUCCGAUACUAGACGAUCCCCACUAAAGAUUGGGGGCGCUGCAAAAAUUACUUUGAGAUAAAGAUUUCAGAGGGGAGCUCUAGCUUUUUCCAGAACAACCUCCACAUAUCGCAUCGCAGAACCGGAGAGUCAAGAUGAGGUAUGUAUUACGCGCUUACGAGUUCAUGUGCAUUUAUUUCAUAGAAAGACCCUAUUCUAACCACACCGCGAUUCUAGGAUCGAGACUUGUUACUUCUGUUCGCGGCCCUGCUAUCCCAGCAAAGGCAUCACUUUCGUCCGCAAUGAUGCGCGCCUAUUCCGCUUCUGCAGGAGUAAAUGUCAUAAGAAUGUUUGUCUUCCUUCUUACGAGAGGAGGGCCAAACGACUAACAUGAGACUCUCAGUUCAAAAUGAAGCGUAAUCCCCGCAAACUCGCCUGGACGAAAGCCUUCAGAAAGGCAACCGGAAAAGAAAUGGUCGUCGAUGGUACCCUUGCGUUCGCUGCCAAACGAAACAUCCCCAUCCGAUACGACCGUGAUCAAAUCGCGGUCACCGAGAAGGCCAUGGCACGAUUCGAGGAGGUCAAACAGAAGCGACAGCGUGUAUUCUACAAGAAGAGAAUGGCGAGAAAUAAGGAGAGGCAAAGGGAGUUGGAUAGAAAGUUGGUGGCUGAGCAGAGUCACUUGCUACCCAAGGUCCGCGGAAGUGAAAGAAAGAGACUCGAGGAAGAAGGAUUGGUUGCGGAAGGCGAGGAGUUGGAAGGUGUUAGGGAACUACCAAAGGUCUUUGGAAAGAUGAAGGUUAGACGGAAGACACUUGUGUAUGGAGGGGUAGAGGAAGAAGAUGCUAUGGAGAUGGAUUGAGGGGUUGCAGAUGGGGUUGUGUGAAUGUCUUGACUGAGGGCUGUUAGCCAAACGGCGUUUCUGGAAUUGUAAAAAGGGCGUUGGGGGUAAUGUCGACAAAUUGAUUCUUGCAGAAAAGGCUUCUCAGUUAUUUCCUUGUGACACAUCUGAUCGCUACAAUUGUCGGAUUCCUUAAAAGCAGACGAACAACCACGUCAUGUUAUUCUAAUGAAUUUCACUUUCCACUUGGAU